AUGAAUCACAACCAUUCGUCUUCUUCCUUCUCAUCAUCAUCGGAUCAGCCUCAAUUACGAUUUGCGAUGGUUGGAGUGUUUCGGGAGGCUCUUGAUUCUUCUAAUUUAUUAUUCAAUAAUAACAUCUCCCAAUAUUAUGAAUCUCAAAAUAACAGCUCUAAUGAACCAUCAUCCUGUAUUUUAAUUGGUGAAUACUAUCGAGGCUUAACCAGCAGUGCUCAAAUCUCUCAACAACAUCAGGCUCAAAUGACUCGUCAAAUUUGUUUGAAAAUUGGAGAUAAAGAUCGAAUGGCUCAUUACAAUAAUUUAGAAAAUGAUAAAAUUUACAAAUUGAAAAAUCAAAUUGAUGCUACCAAAGAUGUCAUGAUUUCUAAUAUUGAUAAAGUGAUUGAGAGAGGAGAACGAUUGGAUGUGUUGGCAGAAAAGACUGAUGAGCUACAAGAUCAUGCAUUUACCUUCAAAACAAAAAGUAAGAAGCUGAAAAAUACCAUGAAAAAGAGAAUUAUUCUACUCGCACUGAUAUUGAUUGUAAUUUUUGUAAUCAUUGUUCUGAUUGCAGUGUUUGCUGGUUGCAAUUUUCCAUCCUUUGAUAGAUGCAGAGUUUCUUCCAACAAUAAUAAUAAUAAUAAUGGAAAUAACAAUUAA